AUGAGCGGCGACAACUACCGACUGCUGCGGACAGACAGCAACCAAGAAGAUGACGACGAUGUCGAUGCGCUCGAAUACGGCCGUCCAUUUUCUCAGACCAAGGCGUCGCCAUCGAGAAUAAAGCCCGUAGUGGAUGCUAUAUGGUCGAGUAUGCGCAGAUUACUCGAAUCUUCACCCUUGUACUCUCCACUAAAGGCGACGACGACAAGUCUCCGACGCGACUCGUCCUCGUCCUCGUCCUCUACCAACAGUUAUUCACUUUCCUCUGCACCGCUCUCAAUAUUUCAACAAUUAUACUUUCACUCCUUUGACGGCAAAUAUGCCACUCGCCGAAUAUACAAACGGCUUCUUGGCUCACUGGGCCUUGGGCUCGUCUGUCUCUUACUCUGGCUCUAUUGGGAGACCGUCGAACGGAUAUACUAUGUUCAGUUUAUCAUGAACACCCCUGGGCCCGGCUGCCUCGUCGACCGCAGCACGCCAGAUAGCUACGUUCAAUGGUCGCCAGACAGUCAUGUCCUUUCCAGCGGUCAGGGCCCAGUCUAUCAUUGCAUACGUCAGCGACCGCAGUCGAAAAAAUCAUUGGCUGCUGGUGAUCAAAAGGGUGCCUCGCUCCGCACCUGGCGCCCGCUCCCAGCGGAUUGUAUAGAUGCUUACUACUCUGCUGGCGCUUCGUGCUCGGACGGGCAGCGCACCACGCUCGACGUCGUGUGGACGUGGGUAAAUGGUUCUGAUCCUAUGCUCAUCCGUUCCAAAGCGCGCGCAAAGGCGCGCUUGGACCGACAGCGGAUCCGAGAGGAGAGGCAGCGCCAGCGAGAACACGGCGCUGCUGUCGAGUAUCUCCCAGAACAAGACGAUGAAGAAGAGGAAUUGGUCAUCAAGGAAGAGGAGAAUAAACAUCUCUAUCGCGACCACGACGAACUUCGGCAUUCGUUGCGCUCGGUGCUCGAAAAUUUCCGCGAGUCGGCCAACAAGUUUACGAUUCUUACCUCUGAUUUCGAUUUCCCUACCGACUCGGGAGAGGAUGCCGGCGAGGAAGAAGUCGACGUGCCAUCUGCAAGGCUCGGCUUGCUUCCACAGUGGCUAAAGUUUGGUGUCUUCGUCGACGAGUCGGGUCAAUUACAACAACAGCACCAACAGACGAUUGGACACUGGAAGGAUGGAGAUAUCUCGCUCGACGUUGUGCAUCAUGCAGAAGUCUACGAUGAGUAUGAUGGAACAGUGUUCAACAGCAACUCGAUCGAGUCUCAGAUUGGAAAUGUCGCUGGUGACAAGGCAUUCUUGUAUUUCAACGAUGACUGCUUCUUCAACGCACCUCUCAGUGGCUCUGAUUUCCAUUCAUCCAACUAUGGUCUCGUAUUUCGACUCGUAGCGUAUCCAUGGAUGCUCCUCACACCCCACCACUACCCCGUCGAUUCGGGACUUGGUGAAUGGCAUCCAAUGGAAUUCACCAACUAUCUCCUCUCAAAGCGCUUUGGCGCACGUCGUCGGCCGUAUCCCAUGCAUCAAGUCAAAGUCCUCCAGGGAGCACUGAUGCGCGAAAUGUGGGAGAUGUGGAGCGAACAAGAGAGGAUCAAUGAACGACACAAAUUUAGAGGACUGGGCGGGCUGGAUAAAAUCGGUGUGAGUGAAGGGGACGAACGGGAGCCAUGGAUGGACGAGUUGGACCCCAUUGAACUCCGUGCCGACGCAGAAGAGGAAGGAGCUGUCGAUGUCGAGGAACGUAAAGUCCGACGAAGGCGGCGGUCCAUCUUCCAAGACGAGCAGGGAGAGGACACAGAGACAAAACCGUGGCGUGCACCGUCGAUUGAAGAAGACGAAGACGAUCGACCGCGUGCACAAUACAAGGGCCACAACUCUGAUCCUCACACGAACGAAUAUCCAACCAAUGAUCAGUCUGAAGGGGAAGAAGUGGACGACGGAGACGCGCAUGUCAUGUUCCUUUUCACCCACUUUGUCAUCGAACGCUCGCGUGAGGCUAUGCUCUGGUCUUAUGUUGUCGCUACGCUUGGAGACGACGAUGAUGCGUUUGGGGACGCACAGCGCUCGCGGUUGCGGGAAAUGCUCAAGAGUGCCAAUGCGACGGAGCGUGUUCUGGAAUCUUCCGGUAGUACUGGUGACAAUGUAGAGGCUGGAAGAAAGGCGUACGACGUGGUGGUAGAACGUCGCAAGACGAUGGAACCCUGGCGCGUCGAGUGGACCUUGCGCGAAGUUGGCGACAAGCUCAAGGGAUCAGAGUACCUCUUCUCGAGUCAAGACGGGGAUGCGUACUCAUACUACGACGACAAAGGUGGUCUUCCAUGGUGGCAUGACGGCUCGACAGACUGGCCCAAGCUCUGGCAUGAAGCCAACUUUGACGCAAAUAUCACGGCCCGUCCUGACUGGACGCGCUGUACAAUCGAGUGGGAUACCUGCUUCGACGCUGAAAUUCAUUCGGCGAGCGACAUGUUCAAACAGGUAGCCUUUGAGAAGAGGGAAUGUGGCGAUUGUCUGUUGAAAGCCCUCGUGAGGGCUAGCGGGGACAUUGGACUCUCCGCGCUCCUUCCGCCACACAAUCGUACAUUCGUCUCUCAACCCCUCCUCCAGCAGCCACCACAACACCAAGAUGGAGAUGCCGGUGUCAACGACGAUGCGUCUACGGCCCCGCCUUUGAAAUUCGGAGAAGAGGCCAUUGCACCAUUCUUGCCACUCACGACGACCUGGCAAGAAGCCGACUUUUCGCUCGAGGGAGUAUUCGCGUCUGGGUUCUGGGACCCAAUUGACGGGAGCGGUCGCGUGAGGUUGCGUGAGUGGACGCAACGGUUAAUGGAGCGAUAUCGAUAUGUUCUCGCCGACACUGGAAAUUAUUUCAAUGUGAUUGGCAACCCCGUCGACGCCGAGCGAAUGUUUGCCUAUGUCGACGACCACCCGCACGUGCCGCUCGUGACGAUCAAUGACGUGAUUUGGCAAUAUCCCGAGCUCACAGAUGAGCGAAUGCGUACCUGGUUCGACCAACGUUGGUCGGUGCCGGCUGCGUGGGAGAGGCCCGAGGGUGUCGCGGCAUCUUCGUCCAGUUCAAUGUUCGAUGCGUUUCACUGGACAAAGAGGAUGGACGAAGAAGAGAUGAUGGCAUGA